AUUAACUAGCUAAUAUGAGAUUUUAAUUGAGACAUUGUGAUUAAUUACGAAAUGAAUACUGAUCCAAAUCAUGGAGUUUCAAGAGCUAAAGCGACCAUUUCCUCAUGAUAACUGCAACUUUUUUCAAAAAGUUUUCUUCAUUUGGAUAUUUCCAUUAUUCCGUAUUGGAUACAAGAAGAAAGAUUUGAAUCUAAGUGACAUUUACCAAGUGAGUGUCAACGAUCAAUCAGAUCAAUUACGAGAUCAAUUAAAAGGUCAAUGGAUUAAAGAAUUGAACAAAAAGAAACCCAAUUUGGCAUUGGCGAUAUUCAAAACGUUUGGAGCAAGAUACAUAAUCUCAACGAUAAUCAUCGCUGGAUAUGAACAACUUAUUCUGAAAAUUGCUCAGCCCUUUCUUCUUGGUGCGAUAUUGGACUAUUUCAAUGGUAUCGCUUACACGGAAGGUUAUGAUAUCUAUUAUAUUUCCAUAGCUUUUUGUCUUUGCUCGGUCAUCUUUAUAAUCAGUCAUCAUGCAUGGUUAUUGUACAUAUUUCGAAUCGGUAUGCGAUCUCGUGUGGCCGUUCAAAGUUUACUCUUGGAAAAAACAUUCGUUCUUAGUAAAUCAGCUCUUUACAGUAACAAAGCGGGAAACAUAAUCAACCUAAUGUCCAACGAUGUCACCAAAUUUGAUGAGUGUGCGAUGCUUGGCCAUUCAGUGUUCAUGGCUCCUUGUGAGGCUAUUGUGAUCUCCGUCAUUCUAUUCAAUAGCCUUGGUUAUCCAUAUAUAAUUGGACUUGUUUUACUUCUCGCUUUUGUGCCCUUACAAGCGACCAUUGGAAGAGCUUUUGGAAUCGUUCGUAGAAAAACAGCAAAAUGGACUGACCAACGAAUUCGUACAAUGAGUGAGAUUAUAAGCGGAAUGAAAGUGAUCAAGUUAUAUGCUUGGGAAAAACCGUUCGCCGACAUGAUCGCCAAAAUAAGAAGAUCUGAAAUAAUGCAGAUUCGUAAAUCGUGUUCACUUAAAGCGAUCAAUUUUACUUUAAUGUUUGUCACCACGAAGACAAUUUUAUUCGCAGUUUUCAUCACUUAUGUUCUGACUGGACAUGAGUUGACCGAAAAUGUAUUCGUGACAACGGCUUUCUUUGACUCACUUCGUUUGUCACUAACUAGUCUAUUUCCGGAAGGUGUUUCUAACUUAUCGGAAGCUUUGGUUUCAUGUAAAAGAUUAACGGAUUUUCUGUUACUAGAGGAAAAGAAAGCUCUUGAUCUAAUAACAUCGAAUAGCUCAUCUAAGCAAGUCUGCAGAAAAGAUCAAAGUAAAAAGCAUUUAAAAGUUGAAAAUCUAGUGGCCACUUGGGAUGCAACCGAUGAAGAACCGACACUGAACAAGGUCACAUUCAAAGCCGAAAGUGGCAAUUUAACUCUUGUUGUUGGUGCUGUUGGAUCAGGAAAAUCGUCACUUCUUUUGGCGAUAAUGAAAGAAAUUAUUGUUAAAAGUGGAACCAUUGAUAUAAAUGGUACUUUAUCUUAUGCUUCACAAGAAUCGUGGACAUGGAAUUCAAGUAUUCGAGAUAAUAUAACAUUCGGACAAUCGUUCGAUGAGCAAAGAUACAGAAAAGUACUCGAAGUAACUGCUUUACAAAGAGAUGUAGAGAUCCUUCCUUAUGGAGAUAAGACACUUGUCGGUGAACGAGGGGUUGGAUUAAGUGGCGGUCAAAGGGCAAGAGUUAAUCUCGCCAGAGCAAUUUAUCGUGAAGCAGAUAUUUACCUAUUCGACGAUCCAUUGAGUGCUGUAGAUGCGAGUGUCGCUGCAACGAUCUUCCAAAAAUGUUUCAAAGAUUAUCUCAAGGAUAAGGUUGUUAUUUUGGUAACUCAUCAAAUUCAAUUCUUGCGACGAGCAGACAAAGUUUUAGUUUUGAAUGAAGGAAAAUCUAAAUUCUAUGAAGAUUCAUCAGAAUUUGACGAUGGACCCAUGGGAGUUGGUUUAGCUAUAACUCAGAGCCAAUCGAACGGUAAAGGGCCACAAGAGCAAACAAAACGGGAAAGGGCAGAUUCAACUACAUCAAGCAUUUCUAAUUCUGAACUGACUAUUGAGAAACAAACGCUUUUUGAUGAGCCCAGAAUCGUUGAAGAAAGUAGAAGCACCGGUGCAGUUGCCCCUCAGGUUUAUUGGGCUUACAUUAGAGCAGGAGCAAACUUAUUCACAAUAAUCAUUUGUAUUCUACUCAAUUUAGUUUCUCAGUUGCUGUUCAAUGGAACUGAUAUUUGGUUAUCUAUUUGGACUAAUGGAGUUAAAGGAGAAUCAACAGUCAAUACUAUUCCAAUGAUUUCCCUGAACGAAACCAUAAAUUCAAAUGACACUAUUAUCGAGCCUCAAGAUUCACAAUUGGCCUACAACUCGAUUGUUUACUCUGUCAUGAUUGUCGCUCUUAUGAUUACCACACUUGCCCGUUCAUUACUUUUAUUUUACAUGUGCAACUCGUCGUCAAUUAAUCUUCACAAUUCAAUCUUUUUCCGAGUCCUAAGAUCGCCAAUGUCUCUCUUUGAAAGUCAACCAAUAGGUCGUAUUCUCAAUCGAUUUUCUCGUGACCUGGGUAUCAUUGAUGAGCUUCUUCCAACCACUGUUUCCACAAUUAUCCGACUUUUAUUUCAAUCGUCAGGAAUUCUGGUCACUGUUGCUUACGUAUCUUGGUAUUUAGCUUUUCCUGCAAUAGGACUCAUCGUGUUGGCACUAAUCUGGAGGUCAUUUUAUAUUCCAACUGGACAAGCAAUUAAGCGUCUGGAAGCUAUAACUCGAAGUCCAGUCUAUUCUCAUAUUUCAUUGACAAUCGAUGGUCUUCCCACAAUCAGAGCUUUUGGAAUAGAAGAGAUGUUCAGAGAUCAGUUUCGUAUUAUCUUGAAUAACCAUUCGUCUACCUGGUUCCUUUUUCUCAGUGCAUCCAGAAGUCUAGGGAUGUGGAUCGAUUGGACUUGCGUUAUCUAUGUGACGAUCGCAACAUUCGUCCUGAUAACUAAUUCUGCAUUGAUACCCGCCGGUGACGCUGGCAUGGCCUUAUCGAAUGCUAUUGGACUUAUGGGCUUAAUGCAAUACUUUAUUCGGCAAUCGACUGAAUUUGAGAGUCAGAUGACUUCCGUUGAACGUGUUGUUGAAUAUACUAAAUUGAAUUUAGAAGCCGAGCUGGAGAGUGAGAAACCACCGCCACCCGAAUGGCCAACCAAAGGUCUAAUCAAGUUCAAUGGAGUAACACUUAAAUAUCCAACAGCACCCAAGCCAACCUUGGAAGAUAUUACAAUCACCAUCGAGCCUGGUGAAAAGAUCGGUGUUGUUGGUAGAACUGGGGCUGGUAAGAGCUCGUUGUUAUCAUGUCUUUUCAGAAUCGUGGAGUUUGAAGGAACCCUUGAAAUUGAUGGAAUAAAUAUUCAGAAUAUUGGUCUUCAUGAUUUACGGAAAAAAGUUUCAAUCAUUCCUCAAGAGCCAGUUCUUUUCGCUGGAACAGUCCGAACCAAUUUAGAUCCAUUUAAUGAGCAUAAAGACCACGAAGUAUGGGAAGCACUUGACGAUGUGCAGUUAAAAGAAACAGUUCUUGAGUUACAUGACCAUCUUGACCAUGAAAUAAGAGAAGGUGGAUCAAACUUUUCUGUUGGACAACGACAGUUGAUCUGUCUUGGUCGAGCUUUGCUUCGUAAUAAUAAAGUUCUAGUGAUUGAUGAGGCAACAGCAAAUGUCGAUCUUAAAACGGACUCUCUUAUCCAACAUACAAUUCGAACAAAAUUUUCCAAAUGUACCGUGUUAACAAUUGCCCAUCGACUAAAUACCAUCAUUGACUCUAAUCGUGUUCUUGUUUUAGAUGCAGGUCAAGUGGUUGAAUUUGAUAUUCCAUAUGAACUUUUACAGAAAAAAUCGUCAAUAUUUUCGCAACUUGUCGCUCAAACAGGAAAAUCGAUGAGCACAAAACUACUCAAGAUGGCUGCUGAUGCUCGACCACAAAAGGAAAACAUCAUGAGUGAACAUCAUGAAGAUCAUUGAGACUCUUGAAAACCCCGAAUGAUUUUGAUAAAGAACCAGAUUAGCAAUAGAAAAGUUAUCUAGAGUAUUCUUGACAAUAUCAUACACUUGAUUAUCCUGGUUCGAAGUGAGCUCGAUAUGGUUUUAUGUUUCGAACCUGAGUCCAAAUAUUAUUAAGCGCAAUAGCAUCUUGGUAGUCUUGAAUUCAUUCCAGUCACAUUUGUAUUUACAAUUUACCUGUAAAGGUGAUCAAUCAAUGGAAACAUAAUUAACAAAUUAAAUCAACGCUGAAACGAUUGACAAA